AUGUCGAAAUGCGCCCAUCUGGACCAGAUGCGUCAGGGGUCCAACCUUGCCGUGGACCUGAUCCAGUGCAAGAGCUGCGGGGAGAUCCUGUUCAAGCACCACUUCGCGAAGACGAGCGACCAGAUGCUACUCCAGUGUGUUCGCUCCCGGCAGUAUAUCCACCGCCUGGAGACCACGGGUACGGCCCAGCCCGCGGCGCCCAGGAUGAACCAGUCGAGCUCCUCGGACAGCGAGGCCACGGCGACGACAACGGCGCCAACGUCAAUGCCUCCACCGAGCCCUCCAGGGGCCACCAAGAAGUUGCCCGAGCGCCUGUCGGCCGAGGUCAUUCGGAAGCUCACGGACACGGAGGUGCAGCAGAUCAUCGAGAGCGAGAGGAUCAAGAUCCGCCAGGAGGAGCAGCAGCGCCUCGCGAAGGAGAUCCUCCAGAAGGGCCUCAUCGACACGCCGACGGACCCGACGGAGGUGGACGACAGGGCCAGGCCGAGCAAGAGGCUGGGCGUCAGCCAGAUGCCCAAGGCCGAGUCGAUUCCCGUGCCAGAGGCAGCCGAGACCUAUGGCAGGCUGGACCUCGCAGAAGUGGCCUGUGUGUCCGACUCCAGGCUCACGCACGCGAUGAUCGGGCAAGGAGGCAAGGCCGAGAGAUUCAGCGACUGGAACGGGUAUGACUUCUCCACCAGGUCGGGUGCAGAGAAGCUCGUGAAGGCUUUGCGGGUCAAGAGGCCUCGAAGAGUUUGGUUUUCCCCACCGUGCGGAGCAGAGUGCCCAUGGCAGAAUCUGAACCCCGUAACGGCGGAGUCGGAGAAGAAGCUGAUCAAGACCAGACGUAUCCAGCGGAACGUCAAAUGGGCUAUCGGUCAGCUGCUGAACGAGGGUUUCUGCGACAUAUACCUCGAGCAGUCGGGACGCUGCAGGUCGUGGACAGGCAACUUCAAGGAGCUCAAGGAGUCCAUGCAUGGCUGCAGGAUUCACGGGUGCAUGUAUGAUAUGAGAGACGAGCAGAGCGGUCUCCUCAUACACAAGGACUGGCACAUCGCGACCACUGACCCGCAGUUUGAGAAGAAGGUUGGGAGGACCUGCCCUGACUUGCAUCUGCAGAUGCCGCUGGAAGGCGGCACGAGGGUGGCACUGUCAGCGAAUUAUCCCGUGAACCUGUGCCGGAGGAUCGCCCAGCACUUCAUGACCAGGGCCACCUCGGACGAGGCCCUCGCCUAUCUGGUGCAGGCCCACAACGAGUUGGACGACGAGCUGUGUGCAGCGGGCUACAGGCGCUUGCGGGAGAAGCGGCCGGCGGUCAAGUACCAGCUCCUGAUCCUGACGAAGCUGGAGAUGCUCAAGUCCCUCCAGAAGGCGAGGAGUGUCCAGACCUGUACCAAGGCAGAGUUGCGCGAGCUGGAGGCCAUCAUCGCACACAUCCAUCGGAAUUUCGGACACUGCAGUAUGAGCACGGUCAGCGCCGCCCUCAAGUCUCGCAAGGCGGACCAGAAGAUCAUCGACCUUUGCAGACACUACGAGUGUCCGUCCUGUAAGGCAGCUCAAAGGUUUCAGAUGCGACCUAUUGCCAGCUCAGAACCAACGUUACCCGCUCCUGGUACCGAGAUGGGUUGCGACAAUUUCUAUUGGACACAUCCUCGACGAGCCUACCAAAUUCGUGGGACCCUCUGUGCAGACUAUGGCAGCCGCUUUACCCAGACGUCGAUUCACUGUCAGAAGGGGAUCGAGGAGCAUUGCGGCAACACCACCGCGAAGGAGAUGAAGGAGGUAGUGCUGAAGGACUGGAUCCACCACUACGGCAAGCCGGAGGUUUUCAGGACAGAUCCCGAGGGUUGCUUCAAGCAGGUCGAGCAGCGCGCCUGGGUCUCGGGUAACGGCAUGGAGUGGAGACCGGAACCCGGAGAAGCUCACUGGCGAAUGGGAGUGAUCGAAAGGUGCAUCGAGACUGUCAAGGAAAUCGCCACUCGCCUCGCCUGGGAGCUACCAGACGACACAGAUCCCGCGGACAUCUUUCGCUGGGCUUGCGUGGCCAACAACGACCUGAUGCGACACCAAGGCUACAGCCCGAUGAUGCUCAUGAUGGGUCGCACCCCGUCGGGGCAAGGCCUGGAGCAAGUGGAGAAUCCUUCGGUCCUGAGCGCAAAUGUGGUGGACAAGCACUUCCAGGAGGUCACGCGCAUCAAGGCGGCUGCCUACAAGGCGUGCGUGGACCACUACCUGUCGGAGAAGACGAAGCCUGCCCUGCUGGCCAAGACGAGGCCGUUCAAGACAUGGGAGCCUGGUGAGAAGGCACACUACUGGCGAGGUGCGAAGAGUAACAGUCACAAGACUCGACCAGGUAUCGCUGGUCGAUUUCACGGUCCCGCCACUGUCUUGAUGCAGGAGCGCGAGAUGAAGAACGGAGUUGCGGUGCGUCGAGGAGUUGUCUGGCUUGUUGACGGUGAUCGUCUCGUACGAGCAGCGGCCGCUCACCUCCGCACGACUACGAAAGCGGAGCGGACCCUGGAGAGCAUCUCCGCAGGGAGCUCCGACCACUUCAAGAAGAUUCUUCGGGAGUUGACGAAGGGUGCUUACGACGAUGUGGUGGAUCAGCCUGGUCCGGGAGAAUGGGGCGAUAUUCCAGAAGGAGAGAACGUUGAAGUACCAGACCCACCCAGGAUGACAAUUCCAAGAAGUAUGGCAUUUCAUCAACCUGAUGAUCACGAAGGUGAAGCGGGGUCGGGCUCGAGUGGCCACGAAGGGGCCGCGCCUGAGGUCUCACCGCCUCCUAUGCCCGCGCAGAAUCCAGCUGAACCGGCACCGACGCCGACCAGAGACCAGUUCGACGAGAGCGAGCCACCACCAGAAGGUUACAACAAGCGGGAAGCCAGUAAGGAACCUUCUGAAGAUCCAGAUCCCAAGAGACAUCGCGCCGACUUUGCUGGGUACGUGGGCCAUCUGUGCCAGAAGGCGUCGACGCUUGUCAUGCCCGAGCUCGGUCGUGCCGAACCCGAAUCUGAGGGCAGUGCGAAUUGGGUCUCACCCUGGGAGUAUGAUCAGAAGACGAAGGCUUCCGACCUGGUGGGCUCCGUGGGCGAGGACGAGCCGAACCUCGCGAUCAUGAUCGGCUUCGCGCUGGAGGAGUCGGAUAUGGAUCAACUCAGCCGGAGGCCUGACAAGGCCCUCGCCGCGAUGGUCAAGCAGAACAAGGUCGAGGUGAAGCUCAAGAACCUUACGGCAGAGGACCGUGAGAAGCUCCCGAUCGCGAAGGGUAACGAGAUCAAGUCUUUCCUCAAGUAUCGAGUCUGCGAGGCAGCCAGUCGUGCAGGAGUACACCCUGGAGCCCUGAUGAAGAUGAGAUGGGUCAUUACAAGGAAAGAGACGGGCGACCUUAAGGCUUUCCUGGGCGUCUCCGCCUCGAUGGGCUUUCAGGUCUUCAAGGGUGACGUCAAGGCAGCUUUCCUACAAGGACAGCUCAUAGGUCUGGCCGUAGCCCACGUGGACGACCUCAUGAUUGCGAUUGACCAGCACUCGGACCUUGCAGUGGACGCCCUCCAGCAGCUCCAUCGAGCCUAUGAGUGGGGAAGCUGGGAGACUCAAGAUUUUGUUCAGUGCGGGACGCGGAUUCGACAAGAAUAUGAUGGACGCACGAAGUCAUGGGGCCGUAUCCAUCUUAACAUGAAUGACUACGCCCAGGAGCUCGUGGAGAUAGAUAUUCCCGCACAUCGACAUCGUGAUCCCGAGCAGCCGGUGACAUCGUCAGAAGCUACCCGUCUACGCGCCGCCUUCGGUCAGCUCACGUGGUCAGCUACGCAGGGCGCGCCCCUCAUCGGGGCAGGGUUGUCACGGCUGCUGGCUUACAGUGAUUCCGCCACGGUGAAUACUCUCCUGCAGGCCAACAAGCUCAUCAGGCGCACCAAGUUCGAGGCGACCGAAGAGCUCAUCAUGGAGAAGCACGCGAAUCCGUGUGCGGUCGGCUAUUCGGACGCAGCCUGGAAUGUUCGACGCGAUGGUUCUUCACAGGGUGGUUUCUUGAUCUUUCUGACCGACUAUACCUUGAUGCAGAACCGAGAGGCGCAGAUCUCUCUGCUGGCUUGGGCAUCGGCGAAGUUGCCGAGAGUGUGUCGGAGCUCGAGCGCGGCCGAGGUACAAGCCGCCAGUGAAGCUCAAGAGGAGCUGGAGUUUUGUAGGCUGCUGCUGAGCGAGAUCCUGCUGGGACCCGCGCCUCUUAAGCACUGGACUUCAAGCUGUGCGAAGAUUCCUGGCGCUUUGGUCCCGGACUGCCGCGGCGUGUUCGAUGCUCUGGAUCGGUCCGAGAGCAGCGCCCUCGGCAUGAAAGACAAGAGGAGCGCGCUGGAGGCCCAGGCCCUCAAGCGCGGCAUGGCCGCCACAUCCACAUCCCUGAGGUGGUGUCACAGCGGUGCGCAGCUGAGCGAUUGCACGACCAAGAACUCGGAGAAGGCUCGCGCCAGCUACAACCUUUGGCAGCAGCGAGGCACCUGGAAGUUGAUAUACGACGCUAAUUUUAUUUCCGAGAAGCAGAGAAGACAGCGAG